AUGUUUGCAAUGUUCCGGAAAACCAAGACCUUUAAGCUGCGUGCCCUUCACAGCCCGAAUAAGUUCGGGGUGGCAGGCAGGAGCUGCAAGGAAGUGCUGCAGAAAGGAUGCCGCCAGUUCCAGCUCCCUGAGUCUGGCUGCCGCCUGUGCCUGUACGAGGAUGGCACCGAGCUGACUGGAGAUUACUUUGCAACCGUCCCAGACAACUCAGAGCUUAUGCUGCUCACUGAAGGCCAGACCUGGCAGGGCUAUGCCAGUGACAUCGGUCACUUCCUCAGUGUAUUUCAAAAGCCACAUGCAGGUGUCAUCCAGGCUGUCCAGCAGCUGCUCUCUGAUGAGCAGGCCCCACUGAGGCAGAAGCUGCUGGUGGACCUCCUUCACAAUGUCAGUGAGAACAUCACAGCUGAGACCAGGGCUGAGGACCAGCAGUGGUUUGAGGGUUUAGAGUCUCGAUUUAGGAACAAGUCAAGUUAUUUGAGAUACAGCUGUGAGAGCCGAAUCCGAAGUUACCUGAGAGAGGUGGCAGCGUAUGCCUCCAUGGUCAGUGCCGAGGCCCAGGAGGAGUACACAAGGAUCCUUGGGCGCAUGGGCCAGAAACUGAAGUCCAUGCAGUACCAUGGCAGCUACUUCGACAGACGGGCCUGCGCCAACAGCCGCCUCUGCACGCCAGAGGGCUGGUUCUCCUGCCAGGGUCCUUUUGACAUGGAUGACUGCUUGUCUAAACACUCCAUCAACCCUUAUAGCAACCGAGAGAGUAGGAUUGUCUUCAGCACCUGGAACCUGGAUCACAUAAUAGAAAAGAAACGCACAGUUGUCCCAACACUGGCUGAAGCAGUUAAAGAACAGGAUGGAAGAGAAGUGGACUGGGAGUACUUUUACAGCCUGCUGUUUACAUCAGUGAAUCUGAAAUUAGUGCACAUCGCCUGCCAUAAGAAAACUACUCAUAAUCUCAGCUGUGACCCCAAUAGGAUCUACAGACCCAAGGCCAGGUUGAAGAGGAAGCAGCCUGCUUGGAAACGCACAUGA